AUGGCGGCGCCGAUACCGAUCACGAUCAUCACGGGCUUCCUCGGCUCCGGCAAGACGACGCUCAUCCUCAAUCUGAUCCCACAGCUGCGCGCCGCCAGCCCGAACUACCGGCUCGCCCUCCUCAAGAAUGAGUUCGGCGACCUGGCCGUUGACUCGCAGCUCGCCUCGUCCAGCGCCAUUUCGGGCGUGCGCGAGAUGCUCAACGGGUGCAUCUGCUGCAACCUGGUCGGCCAGCUGGGCGAAGCCCUAGAGGAGCUGCGUGCCGACGUGACCCCGGAUCGUGUCGUCGUCGAGACGUCUGGGUCCGCGUUUCCCGCUACCCUGGCCAUGGAGAUCAACCGUCUCGCAAGACGGACGGGUGCCUACGUGCUUGACGGCGUGGUGAGCGUCAUUGACGUCGAGAACUGGCAAGGCUAUGAGGAUACGAGCGUCACGGCCAGGCUACAGGCGAAAUAUACAGAUUUGAUUGUCUUCAACAAGUGGGAGAAUUGUGAUGAGCGCAGAUUCGAUGAGUGCCUAGACCGCGUAGGCGAUCUGGAAGUCGACACAGCCUGGGUCAAAAGUGAUAAGGGCAGGGUGCCCAUGGGCGUCGUCUUCGGCAUCGAUGGCGGUCUCGCACAGACACUGGCAGAAGGACCGAGCGGGCAUGCUCAUGACCACGAACACGGCCACGACCAUGAGAAGGGCCACCAGUCGGAGGUGGAAGUCCUGUCCAUCGAGCUCAGUGGACCCAAAGGCUCAACAGUCAACGCAGAAAACCUCCAAAAACUCCUAAAGGCGGCACCAAAGGAUGAAGUCUACCGCAUCAAGGCCGUGUUGUCGACAUCAACAACAGUCAGGGGCUCGGAUGAGGACAUGUCCAUUCCCACACCACCACAUCCUCACAGCAGGUUUAUCCUGAAUUGGGCCUUUGGCCGGUGGACCUUCACACCAGUACCAGACGACAUCACUGAGCACGACUCGAGCAAUCACAAGAUACUGAGGAUGACCAUAAUCCUGGCGCGGUAUGAGAGCACCAAGUGGAAGAAGAAGCUCGAGGGCGGCGGCCUAAUUGAGCUGGAUGGCGGAGAUAAAGAUAAAGAUUGA